AUGGCUAGUAGAUUUCUGGGACGCCGAAGCUACGGGAUUGUUCUCCCUUGGGCGUGUGUCAUCCGUGCCAGCCCCGUCAGCGCCGAUAGAUGGGGGCCACCAAAUGUUGUGGGACCUUUGCACCCAUCGUUCCCCUGGAGUCUUUCAGCAGCGCCUCCUUGGGCAGACACCAGCGACGUCACCACGGCUCUUACUACAUCGCAUUCGCCAUCUCCAUCGGCCGCACCUGUGUCGACGGUCACCGCUCCAAGCAACUCUUCCUCAUCCCCAAACUCUGCAGCCACUCUCGUUGCGGGCAAUAGCACACAAAUUGCCACAGCUUUUGGCUACACACUCACCUUCCCACCGCCCGCGUCUGCAGCAUCAUCCACGUCCCCAUCGACAUCGACGCUGACAUUGAUAAGUGGAUCAGCUGGCAUUGCGACCACGUCUCGCUCCACGGUUAAUAUCCCCGCAAUAAUCGGAGGGGUCAUAGGAUCCAUAGUGCUUCUUGCAGCAAUUGGGCUAUUAGCUAUCCGUGCUCGCAGACGAGAGGCGCCCAAGGCAGAUUCGACGCCACUCACCAAUGAGCCACUGAAUGAGGAACACCCGCAGCUCCGGGAUAUGCAUCUAGACAAUAUCAUUGCGGCAAUGCACCUCCACCCCAAUGUACAUCCAAUGAGCAGCACCCACACCCAGCCAUCUUGCUUGGACGUCAGCAAGACAUCUGGACCGAAUCCAUAUAACCAAGAGCCUACACCCAUUUAUGUGUUCACUAGAAACAUGGCCCGCUCGGUGUCAGACGACGACAGCGCACCGUUGUAUAAUACCCCCGCAACUGACACGAGGACUGUCGAACAACCGAUACCGCAGAUCAAUGCAACUUUGGUAUCGCCUACAUCUCCAAUUCGCGAGACGGACGCCGGCAUCUCGUUCACGAACGACGGUAUACCGAACAUACUCCCUCCCGUGUACCAAGAUUUCAGGAAUGUCUCACAUACAAGCUCCCACAGCUAA